CUUCCUUUGGAUGUUUUUAACAACUACUUCAGCCUUGGCUUUGAUGCGCGGGUGACGCUGGAGUUUCACGAAUCUAGAGAGGCAAAUCCAGAGAAAUUCAACAGCCGGUUUCGGAAUAAAAUGUUCUAUGCUGGGACAGCUUUCUCUGACUUCCUCACGGGGAGCUCCAAAGAUUUAGCGAAACAUGUCAAGUUGGUUUGUGAUGGGACAGACCUGACCUCCAAGAUCCAGGACUUAAAGCCCCAAUGCCUGGUCUUCCUCAACAUUCCCAGGUACUGUGCAGGCACCAUGCCCUGGGGCAACCCUGGGGAGCACCAUGACUUUGAGCCACAGCGCCAUGAUGAUGGCUGUAUUGAAGUUAUUGGCUUCACCAUGACAUCCCUGGCUGCCUUGCAGGUGGGUGGCCAUGGGGAGCGCCUGUGCCAGUGCCGACAGGUGGUUCUCACCACAUCCAAGGCCAUCCCCAUGCAGGUGGAUGGGGAACCCUGCAAGCUGGCAGCCUCCUGCAUCCACAUUUCGCUGCGCAACCAGGCCAACAUGGUGCAGAAGACCAAGCGGCGCAACUCUAUGCCUCUGCUCAAUGACCAGCAGCCGGUGCCGGAGCGGUUGCGCAUCCGCGUCAGCCGAAUCAGCAUGCGUGACUAUGAGGCACUGCACUACGAUAAGGAAAAGCUCAAGGAAGCCUCUGUGCCACUGGGAAUCAUUGUGGUUCCAGGAGACAGUGACCUGGAGUUGUGCCGGACCCAAAUUGAGAGGCUGCAGGAGGAUUUCUCUCCACAGCCCUCUGCUUUACGAUGCCUGCUCUUUCAGGAAGGGGAUGGAGCCAAACCAAAAACUCUGUCAUCCCAAAAGCUGUCUCCCAAGUGGUGCUUCCUGGACUCAACCACAGCUGAUCGCUUUUAUAGGAUAGAUCGUGCACAGGAGCACCUCAACUAUGUGACAGAGAUCUCUCAGGAUGAGCUCUAUGUGCUGGACCCGAAGCUGGUGGUCACCCAGAAUGCAGGCACCUCUCCCGCCAUGCCUGACCUCGUUGACUCAUCUUCUGCUCCCAGUGGGCACCAUUUUGCAUUCCCCUCCUCUUCCUCUUCUCCACCAUCCUCUCCUGCCCCCAGUGCUGAAGCUGGGCUCUGCCUGCCUCCUAAAGAUGACCUUCUGAUAGAAGCUGCCAAGAAUGGCAACUUCAGCCAGUUCCAGGAGCUGCACCGGGCUGGAAGAGACCUGAUGGUGCGAGAUUGCUCAGGCCAGACCGUCCUCCAUCAUGCUGUCAAGUCAGGGAGCAAGGAUAUUGUCAAAUAUAUCAUCGAGAACGCCCCUUCAGAUAUCCUGGAUGCUGCCGAAGAAGAGAAUGGUGAAACCAGUUUGCACCAGGCUGCAGCCCUACGCCAGCGCACCAUCUGCCACUACAUUGUGGAGGCCGGGGCUUCGCUCAUGAAGACAGACCUGCAGGGAGACACUCCCAAGCACAGGGCUGAGAAGGCCAACGACCCCGACUUGGCUGCCUACCUCGAGAACCGACAGCACUACCAGAUGAUCCAGCGGGAGGACCAAGAGACAGCUGUGUAGUGCUCAGUGUGCCUUAGCCCAAGCCAGCUCGGGCAGGACGAGAAGAGGAUGGCACUGGCAGAACUGUGAGCGUGUCCCAGCCCUCCCUAAAUCUUGGCCUGGUCCUGGAAGACAUGGAGAGAGCUGAGCUCUACCCCAGGCUGGGCUAGAACUCUAUUUAUUAGGACAGUGAGUAUUGGGAUUUGAAGCCUGGCUCUUUGUGUGUCCCUGCUUUGUUCUUCCUCAACCACGUUCCCUGCUGUGGAUGGGCUCCAGCACACAGGGCCUGUUGCUGCAGGCAGAGGUGAAGUCCUGUCUCCCUUUCACAUGGGAUACCAGUGUCCCAUAGGCUCCUGCCUGUGACCCUUGUGAGAUAUUGUUGCUCGACUCCCUCUCCCAUGGGUGGUCUCCAUUGGACACUUUGGCCCCUCCAUGCAGUUCCUCCUGUCCUUCUCAACACAGCCACGGGAGGCACAGGCUGUGCUGGGCAGGCUUCAGGAUGCCCUGUGUGGGGUUGUGGAGCUGAGGCUUAGUCCCAAUGGGAUCAGCAUGGCUCUUCACUCCUGCUGGUCGGGAACUGCUGUGAGUAUUACCCUACUAGGGCACUGUGGCCGGAGGAAAGUCCCUGGCACAUUUGAGCACGUGCGCCCAACCUUUCCCCAGGGCAGCUGAGGCCAAGCAUUGGGGCUCUGCUGUUUUAAGCCUCUGCUUAAAGUUGGUUUCAGCGUUUUGCCAGUCCACAGUGUGGCAUAGGACGGACACACGGAGGAAGGCUGCUGCGUCCUGCAGCUCUGACUCUGCCGUAGCUGUGAUGGAAACAUGCUUGGCCUCCUUGGUCAUGGAGGCCCUUAUGUUUCCUUAAUGCUCCAGUUAGCUGUCUUUAAUGCAACUGCCCUCUCUGCCUCGGCUCCUGCACAAUAUGAGGAGUGAUGCGUGGCUGAAGAAGCAGCACCAGGGGCCGUGCUGCUCUCAGGGGUUCCCCACAUACCUCCCCAGCUGUGACCUGGCAGCCUCCAAGUGUGACUUCCACCAUCCUCCUCAGAACUGGACGUAGGGCUUUGCAGGGAAUGCUGUGGGAGCUCACCCAAAUGCAGCUUUCCUGGGCAGGGUGCCAACUUGAUGUUUUAGCAGAAGGAUUUGGAUGCCCAGAAAGAAAGCGGUAGGAAUCACAGAGUUUUCACAUGUGCAGUGGGAUGACAUUUUGGGUGCCACCUGCCAGAGAGCUUAAGGGCACUGUGGCCCAUCUCCCCUGCUCAUACAAUGCGAGCUGCAGGAGCAUGCCAGACCUGGAGCACCAGCAGUCCCUGAGAUCAGGAGGUGGCAGCACAUGAGGUGAGCAAACAGCCCUGGGGGUCGUGUAGCAGCUUGGUGUGUUCUGUGGGAGGCCCUUGAGGAGAUGUUGGGGCAUUGCUGCCCUGUGGACUCUGUGUGGACCUCACCAUCACCCUGAGCUCCACCAGGAUGUGAGUCUUCACAGCAAGCUGUGGCUGCUGAGUAGUGUUAGGUGACACCUUUCAAAUCUUUCAUUAUGCCAAUACCAAAAAUGUUUCACAGUACCCCUGAGAACCACAGUCUCGUUCAGGCUGUAGGUGCAGGGGUCAGGGAGUUACCUUAGAGGACCAGAGGAGUUGUGGAGGGGCAGAGAGGCAUAGCUGGGGCCAGGGCAGUGCAGAGAGGAGCCCAGAGCCAGCUGUCAGGGAUCCAGCAGUGCUAUCAGCAGGUAAUAACAUCACUAUCCCAGUGCCUUGGAGCUGGGAUAUAGCAGCAGCGUCGGAAUUGCCCGGCAGCGCCGCUCUCUAGCGCCACAAAGACGAGGCACUGCUGCCGUGGCGAGGACACAAACUGCUGCGUCCCAUCCGGGACACCCAGCCUGGCCUGGAAGAGUUUACAGCCCCAGCCUGCCCCCCUCCAUCCGCCCCUCUCCCUCGUUUUAUAUAUUCCCUUAGUUUUUGUACAGGUAGUUCCGACACACACUGUCCCCCUCGGCCCCUUUGCACCCGUGUGAGCCGAGUUGCUGUGCAAUUCCAAGCCUGGCUUGUUUGUAGGCAAAGGUGGAGUGGGGGGGUCAUAGCUCUGCCCACAGAGGGCAGAGGUUCUGUGCAAUACCUGGUUCUGUGUUGAUUAGAUGCUGUCGUAGGACUGUAUUUUUGUAACUCUGUAAGGGUGCCGGCUCUAGCAGGCCCCCGGCCGGGCGUGAGCCUGUAUUCCCAUUGCUUUUCAACUUUGACUGUUUGGAUGUU